GUGCCGAAAUUUACCGACGACCAUGACCAUGUCCUUCACGUGGUUUCGCUCUCCUUCCGGAGAAAUUACACGUACGAUCUACAACGUUCGCGUACAUGUCAAACAAAAGUUUGAAAGCUGUCCAAUAAUUGGCCAUUCGAGUAGGAGAGACUCUACGUUGAUAUAAAAUUACUUACCAUCCUGAUAUCAGGCAUCAAUCCAUCGUCCAUACAGAACCGUGUGCUUUGUCGUCGUCUUCGCGAGGUCAUCCUCGAUCGCAAAUAUGUUCGCAAAAAUUGGUGUAUUGUUGGUGUUGUCGAUAGGCGCGAUCGCCUUUGCUCAGCCUUUGGCCAGUGAGACGAAUUCAGUUGUUGCUGAUACCGCUACGAAGGAAACCUCCAUUUGGAAAGAUACGCCGAUGGAUACGGUUGUCCAACAAUUCAAAGCCGAAUGUCUUCAACAGUCUGAUAGCGCUGCCUGCAUCAAAGUUAAAGUUUUAAAUUUAUUGGACGAUGUGUUACGCAAAGAUUCGUACAAAGUUAACGAUGGCGUAUCCAUAGUUCCUAAUGAAAACCAAGUCAAAGAAAAAACAUCUGCGAGAAAUUCCGAAACAGGUUUCCUCGACCAAUUGGAAAACUACGUCAAAGGACACGACUUGAUCGUGCAAACUCCAGCUGGACUCUUGCAAGGAGCCACUUUUAAACUAUCGCCUAGAAAUUUAGACGAAAACGAAAUCGACAUGAGUGUAAAAUUACCAUCCGAAGACGACAACGAAACGUUCACCGAAAGAGGACGCAAAAGCAAAUUGAAGAAAAUCUUGGUACCCAUCUUGGUGUUCGUGCUAUUGAAAGCCAUGACCUUAAUUCCUCUGGCCAUAGGAGUACUCGGUUUGAAGGCUUGGAACGCGUUCCAAUUAUCUUUCAUCUCCUUCUUGGUGUCCAUUUCUUUAGCCAUUUUUCAAUUAUGUAAAAAAGUAGCCGCCGAAUCGGGAUCACCUAUCGCAGCUCAUAUCCCAUUCGAAACUAGUCAUUCUCAUUACGCAGCCGCCAGAAAUUUCGUCGUUGAUCAACAACGCAACAACGUUGCACAAAACAUCGCCGAAAUCAACGAUCCCCAAAGCAUCGCUUACAGAGCUUACGCUCAAGCUCAAUCGUCAUAAAUGAGAGGAUUUUUUUUCACCUAUACGUGAUUUGAAAAAAUAACGAGAUUUUUGUUCCAUUUUUUUGUUAGACUGUUUUUUUUACCUUUUUUUGAGCUUUUUAUAAGCUUGUACCGAUACUUUCGUAGAUGUAGUAAGUAUUUUUAUUUAUUCGCACGAGCUUUAUUUCUGUUUUUUUUUUUUUUGCUGUAUGAACUUUCAGUUGUUAUUUAUUUCAAAUGUAUGUACAUUUUUGUAUAAUAAACGAAGAUGAAUCGUUGACUUUAGAGGAGAAGGUGCAAAUAUGGACCCCCUCUAGCUUUUUGGCUUCAAAGGGUGGAAAAAAUUAUCAUAUUUUUUUUCAAAUAUACCAUUCGAAAGGCCAAACACUCUA